GCGAAAAGUGACAUCAGAUUGAACCUACCACCAUUGCUGCAAUCAACUCUAUAUAAACCCUGGCGAAAUUGCACGGUGGAAUUGAUUAAAGCAAUUUCAAAGCUAUCAAGCAUCACGCUGUAACGUUCCAAACGAAAGGAAAACCUUUAUUUCACACUCGAAACCAACUCUUUCUUCUUUCCACCACAAAAACCAGCACCAGAAAUGUCUUCCCCUCACCGCGGCGGCAGACUCGAGGACAUGGCCCCCUCGGGCACCACGAUCCCUAACGACGCGGGCCUCCAGAACACCAUCCCCUCGGUGCCGCGCCCGGACCAGCGGGCCGAGCACGGCGGCUUCGACAACUACGGCGUGGCCCAGCCCUCCGCCGCCUUCGCGGCGGACAACGCUACCGACAUGCCGCGCAGCGCCCGCGACAUGGGUGCCACCGGCGAGGUCCUGACCGGCACCGGCAACUCCUUCCCCGCCGAGGGCGAGUCCAAGCGCACCUUCAUCGGCAACCAGCACCCCGGCGCCAAGGGCCACGGCCGCGACCUGAAGCACCGCAACCUGAACCGCAGUGGCUUCGAGCGCUUCGCGGCGGAGGAGGAUGACGCGGCUGGGGAGCAUCAGAUUCGGAAUGAGUAAACACGGAUCCAUGCUUUUCUUUAUGACGGUUUGUUUUUGGUCUGGGAUGAAAUUGAGUCGCGGCUGGUAUGCGGCUCUUUGAUGGGUAACGAUAUUUUGUGAUGGAUGGAAUGAUGGAUUUAUUGUAUUAUAGAGCCUUUGUUUGUGGACGGGUCUUGCUUGUUGUAUAAUGAAGAUCCGCCUGAUAUGAUCAUUAUCAUUGUCAAUA